AUGUUGACAUGCGUAAAGACUACACUUCCCCAAAGCUGUCACGGAGCGCUCCCGCCUGCCAUUGGCUGCUCGCCGCAGCCGCAGCCCCAGAGAAUGAAUGAAAUUGAAAUAGCUGCUACAUUACAUGUACAAUACCGGGCUCUGCAGCGCUGCAUUCUAUCAUACUAUAUCAAAAUGGCCACAGCGGUGCAGAACCCCCUCAAAUCGCAAUCUGGAGGUGCAGUCAUCAAGAACAGUCUUGGUGAGGAGUUCUAUAAGGAGGCCAUCGAACACUGUCGCAGCUACAAUGCCCGUCUGUGUGCAGAGCGCUCCAUGCGUCUCCCCUUCCUGGACUCGCAGACCGGCGUGGCCCAGAGCAACUGCUACAUCUGGAUGGAGAAGAACCACCGUGGACCAGGUCAUGCUCCAGGUCAGUUGUACACGUAUCCCGCUCGCUGCUGGCGCAAGAAGAGACGGCUAAACAUCCUGGAGGACCCACGGCUCGUACCAAUCGAGUUCAAGAUUGACUAUGAGGCUUCUUUAAAGAAGGAGGGGGGCAUCCCAGAUGGUCCCGUGCUGGAGUCGCUGCUCGCCGGGGAAACCCUGGACAAGAAGGUGGAAACCAAGGAAGAAGAACCAAUGAGUGAAUGUCAGAAGCUGCUUGUUGGGGAUUUCCCUCAUGAGCUAGAAGGGGACGAGAUGGAGGAAGAUGUCCCGAAGCGCAAGAACCGAACCAAAGCACGGGCCUACGGCGUUGGGGGCAUGAGGAAGAGACAAGAACUGCCUGCCAUUGAAGACAGAGACAAGCCUUACGUCUGCGACAUCUGUGGAAAGCGAUAUAAGAACCGCCCAGGGCUGAGCUACCAUUACACUCACACACACCUGGCGGAUGAGGAGGGUGAAGAAGACUCAGAGCGACACACACUGCCCUUCCAGCGCAAGAACAACCAUAAGCCCAAGAAAGCACCUGACGGUUCAGUCAUCGCCAACGGCUACUGCGACUUUUGCCUCGGAGGCUCAAAGAAGACCGGCUGCCCUGAAGACCUCAUCUCCUGUGCGGACUGUGGGCGCUCAGGCCACCCGUCCUGUCUGCAGUUCACAGUGAACAUGACAGCUGCGGUGAGGACUUAUCGCUGGCAGUGCAUCGAGUGCAAGUCCUGCAGCCUGUGUGGCACCUCUGAGAACGACGACCAGCUGUUGUUCUGUGACGAUUGUGACAGAGGCUACCACAUGUACUGCCUGAGCCCUCCCAUGUCUGAGCCACCAGAGGGGAGCUGGAGCUGUCAUCUGUGUCUGAGACAACUGAAGGAGAAGGCCUCAGCCUACAUCACCCUCACUUAAUCUGCGGAGCUCCUCCUCUUCCAGCCACCUCUCCUCUUUCUGCUUCUGCACCUCCACCUCUCCCCUUUCUUCUGAUCUACUCGCAUCCAUUUUCCCUACAAUCAGUCUGUGUGACCUCUGGUGUGGCCGAGCUCGCGGAGCACCCACAGCGCUGCACCUGCUCCCGGACGUCUCUCCAGUGGCGCGCCGGCCUCUUUCGUCACUCCAAUUCCCCUGUUGUGCUUCACCCGAACCCCCGGCACCCCGUCCAUCGUCACUGCUCUGUCUCAGCAGAGGGAUUCAUACGCUGGCCAUAAGUUUGCUAGCAAGACACUUACUCCAGCCCUCCAAUGGCACUUCUGCGGCUUAUGACUCCACAGGAACCCUCAUAAGGGCCCUCGGAUGAGCCCUGAUGAUCUUCAACUGCAACUCAAUCAAGUAGUGUGUGAGAGUUAAUAUGGCGGCGUUGGGGCUAAGAACCAUACAGUGAAGAGGCUAGUUAACCGCGGAGCUGCGUGUUUCAGAGUUCACCAACUGUGAAACCGGAACCCAACCAAAUUUUCACUAACUGCAAAGUCUGAGACACCGAACUCCGCUCUGUUGUUUGUUGCACGGGGCCGACGGUCCUGCGCAGAAAGUGAAUUGUACAGCGUUAGACUGACUGUUUUUUUUUUUUUGUUUUUUUUAUUUUAUUUAUUUAGUUUUUUUUUAACUACACACUCAUGAAUGAACUCCCUCCAGGGAAAACAAGGAGCAUUUGGUCAGGAAUCCACCCUUCCACCUCUCCAUGCAUGGGGUUUCCACAAAUGAAUGGCACACUUUGGGACUGAGCCUGAAGGUUUUAGUGAACGGAUGGGGUCCUCUGACAAAAGGAAGGAAGGAUUUCUAUCUAAUCUGGUACGUCAGAUGAACCUGUGUAUUUAAACAUGACAAAUUAGGUUUAGUGUCCUCACAGAUCCUUCACCUGCCCUGUAUUCACCCCAUCCUCCUGUGAAACGAUGACUGUGAAGCCAAUGCGAGACUGAAACACUCCUGGUGCCCGGUGUGUAUCAUGUAUGUGUUCAGAAUGUAGGAUCCAUGUGUGGACAAUGCAGAUCUUUGUCUGGCUCAUGCUGAGGCCUAAAAGCAUAUUUUUUAAUGAUUCCUUUUUUUAAAGAGUUAUGUUCAUUUGCAUGUUGUUAUUUCAAUUGUUUUUGGAAAAAAAAACAACAACUUUUAAUUGAAAUGGAAAAGAAAGCACACCUAAUUCGCAAUAAUGUGUUUGUGAUAAGAACUCUUUGGCCAAUUUUUGUGUCUUUUAAGCUCUGUGUGUGCCUGUAUCUGUUUGUGUGAGUUUAUUUGAGCAGUACAGUAACUGUAGCCAGCUCCAAGCCAGAGGGGGUCUGUGAGAGGAAAGUAGCCGUGAGAUCAGUUCAAUUCAAUUCAAUUCAAUUCAAAAAUACUUUAUUAAUCCCCAAAGGGAAAUUGAUGAUGAUGGGAAUAUAAAGGGAAGUCAGCAUUUACUCAUUCAGACAGUUUGAUUAAGGUGUGACAAGUCUUGGCGCUGAAGUCCUCAAUAAAGACAAACGGGUGUUGAAGGACAAGUUUGGGAGUUAUGUUCUCACCAGUAGGUUAUGUGACAAAUAUUUCUGAGCAAUGGGUCGAGAAGUCAAUAUAGCCGGGCUCGUAAUCCGCAGUCCCAACAAAAGUGGUUUGUUUUUGUCCUUUUCUUUAACAUAUUGCUCUGAGCUUUAAAGGAAAUAGCAGCCAGAAUUGUUUACGUCAGUCAGCGUGGCGCUGGUUACUCGGUGGCUCCAGUUAUGGGAUGGAUAGCUCAGCUUAGCUAUCCAUCCCAUAACUGGAACUUCAUGUUUACGCAACAAAAGGAGACAUGUAAAAAAAACAACUAUUUUUCUUUCUGUGGAUAGCUGAACAAGUUAAAUGUGAUUUUGAACUUUGAAAUAACAAAAAGAAAAGAAGCGGGCCACUGCUUGCUAAGCAACCGUUGGUAGAAACCCGUGACCACUUUCCAGAUUUGUUUGGGCGGUUUUGGCUGAUUAUUUCAGCAAAAAACUUGGGCUCUCUUCGAUGUACUGUUUUUUUUUUUAUAGCCAUAAACCGAUGGAUGUCCAUAACCGGCGUUUAGAUCGAUGAACUUUCACGAGCAUUUCAAAUGGUUUAGCUAGCAUCUCCUGGGCUAGUCCAUUGUGGGUUUUUUUAUCUAUCAUACAUCUUUUAAUUUACAGUUUAUUUUUAAUCAUUUAUUAUUUGUCUCCAGAAUUUGCCUCUUGAUUGAGUCCAUUCUUCUCUCUGUCAUUGAGAUGUUCCCCUUGUCACUCGCUUCAGCAGAAGAAAGACAGCAUGAUCAAUCCACCCUCAUGUUUAACAGCUGCAGAGGUUUUAUUUACACAUAUUUUCUCUGAUUGCGAAGCUCUAAGGCUUGUCAUUCGAUCCACAUGACUUCCCUCUUAUAUCUGCAGAAUAUUUCUGACAGCCCUUUAAAGUCAAGCCAAUAUGAGCUAAUAAAAGUGAAAACAUUGUUUGAAAGAAUAAUAAUACACAAAUCUCGCUUCAAAUGUUUCACACAAUAUUUCAUUUUUACUUUGUCACAUGGGAAUCAGUUAACGCUCUACUCGCUUAACUAUUCACAGCUGAAACAAAGUUUGACGUCUGUGAAAAAGAUAAAUUUUCUCAUUUAACUCAUUUAAUAUGCUACUCACCACUUUCAAUCCCAGUCAAAAUACAGUAGCAUCUUUAUUUAUUCAGGAUUACCAAGGCCAAAGCCUGGAUAGAUAUCACCACGGCAAAACGUCAGAGGUCAUUGCUUUUAUUGCCAACAUAAUCACAUUUUCAGUCACAUUCAUUAAGUGGAUUUUUUCUUUUUUUUUGUCGUAGUUGGCCACAGAAACUAAAUGUGGGAAGUGAAAUUAGUAAACGCAGAUCCUCUUUGUGUCCUGUGAAAUAUGAGGCCGUUUGUUUAGUGAAAGCAAAAUAUCGGUUAGAUGAGAUGUCAGAAAACUUUCUGCUUCCUGCCAGCCUGCAAUGCACGUGAGAGGCCACUAUAGAUCUUGAGGCUGAGUUUGUCAUAAUGGGCUUAAUAUGCCAGCCAGCAUGCCUUUUUUGUAAGCUUCCCCUGUAGGGAAAAAAAGGGGGAGGAAGUAAAAUCUCUAACUCAAAAAUCCAUUAUAAUAGCCUCAAGCAGUUCAACUGGAUUCUUCAACACCGUUUUAAUGGGCACAACAAACAGUUGAAGUGCAAGUGUUGAGUUUGAAGGAUGCAGGCAACAUUUCUAAAAUGUUACUUCAGAGUAGGCAUUCGUUUACUGAUCUGUUAGCUUUAAGCUUGGAGACAAUAGCUGUAAAUAUCUGACUGAAUUAAAAGGCAACAAAUGUCAUACAGUAUUUUACAUUUUUCUGUCAAAAAAAAUGAAACAUGAAUCAAACAGCAGGGAUUUUGUUGGUUUUGGUUUGAAUAAACAUCUUGUCUCGCUGUAUCAUGUCUUUAAAAUUUGAAAUGUGCAAUAUCAGUUGGCUUGUUAGAAUGCACCUGAACUGCAUUUGUGUUCCGCCAUCUGAUCGCGAAGGACUUAGGUGCAAAUACUGUGCUACCAUCAGCUCAAUGUAACUCCAGCGAUGCAUGAAUGGCACUUGAUUCAUUUCUGACAUCAUUUUUAUAUUAUUCUUAACAUUUUUCUAAAUAAUGAUGAGGGAAAACUUUAAACUGUUUUUAUUUCCUGUUUUUUUUGUCUUGGUUUUGUAAUUUAUUUUUCUAUAUAAAUAUGUUUUCUUUUCUUUCUGCAUUUUGCACAGCGUGGCAGCAUUUGCUACUGGAGUGUUUAUGCCUCUGUGUGAAAUGGUAUUUGUCUGUUUGCCUGACUGUGAACCACGUGUGACGACUGGAGGGUCAGUAAAAAAGCAAAAUCAACCAAAUUAGUGAAAUAUUACUGUUUCUCUGCUGGGGAUCCAGUUGCAAUGCACAGUGCUGCAGAGAGCUGUAACGUUGACUGCAGAUUAAAACAAGUGUACUUGAGUGUACAGAAUUCACACAAAGCGCUUGGAUUACACUGUUUCAUAUUAUGGUGUGUUAUACUUGUGUUAUAUUUGCUCACAAAAUCUGUUGUAUCCAAUCAAAAGUCUCCAUUAACCAAUCACAGCCAAGAGCUACACUUGAAGUGUGCUGGAGUGGAAGUGCUUCAGAAUGAUUCUUAGAUUGAAAAUCAAGGAAACGUUUGUGUUUUGAAUGCGAGGUGAUGGAGAUGUCAGUGGCGGCUGAAAAGACUUUAUAUUAGGAGCUUUCUCAGAGCUGGAUGGGAGAAGCAUGGUGGAGUCGAACUCAUUUUGAUUGUACUCUCUGAGGAAGGGGGGGAAGGGCAGAAGCCAUGUAUGAGCUUUGGAGAGAUCUGAGUAUUCUGAAAAAUUGAAUCUUCAUUUGUACAAGUGGGCAAACUCAGUGGAGGCUGAUGCUUGGGGAUGGGGGUGAGGGGGUCAACAAAGGGUUGAUGCCAUUACACUCCAGGCCUGAUCUUUGGCCGUUGGGAUUGCUCCACCGGAGGGUUGAGAAGCUGGGCCACUCGUGGCCCGGAUUGUAAACUUGUUCUGUGAUCUUGCUUGCACUUUUUCCCCCUUUGUCAAAAAUAUGAAGCUCAUUGUAAGUAUAUAUGUGAGUGAGCGUGUGUGUGGGCGGGUGGACUGUUUCAUUUUUUUAACUGAUGCGUUGUUUUGUUUUUUUUUCAUUGUUAGUUGUGAACAACACUGGAUACAGAAGAGUUUUUAAUUUGUAUUUUUUACCUCAGGAGGAAGAUGAAAUCUUCCGGGACAUUUUUGACCCUCUUUUCCUUCUGCUCUCUCGUUCUCCGUGUGCUAACUGGGAAUGCGUUGAAAUGUGGACUGUGACCGCAUUGCUGCCAUUACCGCUGUCAAGCGUUCUCUGUGAAAUCAUCCAGCUUUCUCAA